AUGGCCCAAAAAGGCCAGGGACGCAAGAUUGCCAUUAUCGGUGCCAGCGGCCAGGUCGGCAAACCAACAGUGAAUACCCUCAUCAGCAACGGCGGGCAUACCAUCACCGCCCUCCAGCGACCGGAAGCUACGAGCGCCUUUCCCAGCGAAGUCAUUGUCAAGAAGGGCAAUCUCGAGGAUGAAACCUUCCUCACGGACGCGCUCACGGGACAAGAUGCUGUAGUCCUGAUGCCUCCGCUCUCUCUCCUCGCCAAGCUGCAGGAGCCGGCGAUCCGUGCCGCCGCCAAGGUCGGCGUACCCUAUGUGUUCCCGUCCGAGUUCGGCCCCGACCCCUUUGCCGGCAAGCUCGUCGAGGAGAACGGGCUGCUCGUAGCAAAGAAGAAGAUUCGCAAUCUAAUCGAGGAGCUUGGCGUGAGCAGCUGGGUCUCCAUUGCCGUCGGCCCAUGGCUCGACGACGGCCUCAAGGGAGGACUAUGGGGCAUAGACUACAAAGCUCGCAAGGCGACGUUGUGGCGCGGCGCGGAUGCCAAAGUCAGCACGGCGAGCAUCGCCCACGCUGCCGAGGCUGUGGCCGCGGUGCUGAGUCUGCCCGAGGCCGAUCUGGCCCGGUACAAGAACAAGGCUGUGUACACUCCCUCGUUCCACCUGACGCAGAGGGACAUCUUGCAGGCUGUCCAGCGCGCGACGGAGACGACGGAUGCAGACUGGGAUAUUCGGGUGCGCGAUGUGAAGGACGUGGAGAAUGAGUACGAGGAGAAGAUCAGGCAGGGCGAUGGUGUGGCGCCGUAUGUAAAGUUUUUUGUUACGCACUUCCUGCAAGGUCAUGGAGGCGAUUUUCAGAAUAAGGUCGAUGUGGUGGAAUUAGAGAAGCUGGAGAAGCUGGGCUUGCAGAGGGAAAGCCUCGAGCAGGCCAUCAAGAAGGGAUUGCAGUGA